AUGGUGCGAGUGGCGAUAGAGGCGUUUCUGCGAGGCUCGUCGGUGGUGGUGUGUGCGCCCACCAGCAGUGGCAAGACACUCGUGGGGGAGGCAGCGGCAGCAGCUACAAUGGCGAGGGGAGGGCGCCUCAUCUACACCACGCCGCUCAAAGCGCUCUCCAACCAGAAACUGCGCGACUUCAGGGUGAAGUUUGGGGAGGGCAACGUGGGGCUGCUGACUGGUGACGUGGCAGUGAACCGAGACGCGCCCAUCCUCGUCAUGACCACUGAGAUCCUGCGCAACAUGCUCUACACCAGGUUCUCCCCCCACCCUCCCAAUCCCCCCUUCCCAUCCACCCCCCGCUUCCUCAUCCACCCCCCGCUUCCCUACCUGCAGGUGAUCUACUGCCCCAAGUCCAUCCAGCUCGUGUGCCUCUCUGCCACGGUCGCCAACCCUGAUGAGCUUGCAGACUGGAUUGGCAGGGUGCACGGGCGCACGGAGCUCGUCACCUCACAGCACCGCCCGGUACCGCUCAAGUGGCACUUCUCCACGCGCUUCCGCAUGCUGCCUCUUCUUGACAACCGCGGCCGAGACAUCAACCCCGGGGGAGGGCUAGCUGAGCUGGUGGGGAGGGGGCGACGGGGGGAGGCAAAGAGUCGGGUAGAGGAGCUGUCGGCGCAGCAGGUGCAGCAGCAGUGGCGCCGGCAGGUGCCGCGGGUGAGAGACACGCUGGAGCAGCUGAGAAAGAAGGACAUGCUGCCGGCAAUAUGGUUCAUCUUCAGUCGCCGAGGGUGUGACACGGCUGUGAGCUUUGUGCGGGAUACCAACCUACUAUCGCCCAGUGAACAGGCAGAAGUGGAAGCAGCCAUAGCAGCGCUGAGGCAGCAGCAGCCGGAGGCGGUGAGGGAGGGGUCGGUGGAGGCACUCAAGAAGGGCGUGGCGGCGCACCACGCGGGGUGCCUGCCUCCCUGGAAGGGCUUUGUUGAGGACCUCUUUCAACGCGGGCUGGUUAAGGUGUUAAAGAAGGGAGUUGCGGCGCAUCACGCGGGGUGCCUUCCUCCCUGGAAGGGGUUUGUGGAGGACCUCUUUCAACGGGGACUGGUUAAGUGUUCCCUGUUCUGUCCCCCUCCCCCUUCCACUCACUCCACUCCCCAUCAGGUGGUAUUCGCAACAGAGACCCUGUCAGCAGGCAUCAACAUGCCUGCACGCACCACCAUGCUCUGUGCGCUCUCCUCUGUCCCUCCUUCCCACGCCCACACAGCUUCUCAUCUCAGUGUUCCCUGUUCUGUCCCCCUCCCCCUUCCACUCACUCCACUCCCCAUCAGGUGGUAUUCGCAACAGAGACCCUGUCAGCAGGCAUCAACAUGCCUGCACGCACCACCGUGCUCUCUGCUCUCUCCAAACAUCUGGGCGGUGGCAUCUGUUGUUGCUAUCCGCUAUCCCCUGGUGCCAACUGUUCAUGUUCAUCCAUGUUCGUUCCUGCUCUCUACUCCUCUUUCUCACCACAGGGGCAACGCGGGUCGCAGCCUUCUCUCAGCCAACGCGAUGCUGCAGAUAGGGUGGCGCGCAGGCAGGAGGGGCAAGGACAGGCAGGGCCACGUGGUGGUGAUGCAGACGCCCUUUCAUUCCCCUUCCCUCUUCCCUCUCAUCAUCUUCCUAUUCCACUCUCAUCGCUCUGUGUGCAGGGGCAACGCGGUUCACAGCCACUUAUGGCAUGGCUCUGAACCUGCUGGGGGUGAGUGUGGUUGGAAGUGCACGGAGACACUGAGUGGUAUGGCACGUGGUGGUGGUGCAGACGCCCUUUGA